ACAAAUCGUCACGUGACACGGAAGUGACUACGAACAGGAAGAGGACGAAAAAAAUAACCGUCCGCGACGCCGAGCCGAACCGGACCCGCAGCCACCAUGAACAGCAAAGGUCAAUAUCCAACGCAGCCAACCUACCCGGUGCAGCCUCCUGGGAAUCCUGUGUACCCUCAGACCUUGCAUCUUCCUCAGGCUCCACCCUAUACUGAUGCUCCACCUGCCUACUCAGAGCUCUAUCGUCCGAGCUUUGUGCACCCGGGGGCUGCCACAGUCCCCACCAUGUCAGCUGCAUUUCCUGGCGCCUCACUGUAUCUUCCCAUGGCCCAGUCUGUGGCUGUUGGACCUUUAGGUUCCACAAUCCCCAUGGCUUAUUAUCCAGUUGGUCCCAUCUAUCCACCUGCCUCCUCCCCCUGGAUGCCCUCCCAAUGCUGCUCAGCUUGCAGUCAUGCAGGGAGCCAAUGUCCUUGUAACUCAGCGGAAGGGAAACUUCUUCAUGGGUGGCUCAGAUGGUGGCUACACCAUCUGGUGAAGAACCAAGGCCACCUCUGUGCCGGGAAAGACAUCACAUACCUUCAGCACUUCUCACAAUGUAACUGCUUUAGUCAUAUUAACCUGAAGUUGCAGUUUAGACACAUGUUGUUGGGGUGUCUUUCUGGUGCCCAAACUUUCAGGCACUUUUCAAACGUAAUAAGGAACCACGUAAUGGUAGCAGUACCGCCCUAAAGCAUUUUGAGGUAGGGGAGGUAUCCAUUCAUAAAAUGAAUGUGGGUAAAGCAGCCCUAAGGAUCUUCCUUUAAUUCCUCCGGAGUAAUACUGUACCAUACUGGUCUUUGCUUUUAGUAAUAAAACGUCAAAUUAGGUUUGGAGGGAACUUUGAUCUUCCUAAGAAUUAAAGUUGCCAAAUUAUUCUGAUUGGUCUUUAAUCUCCUUUAAGUCUUUGAUUUAUAUUACUUGUUAUAAAUGAACUGCAUUAGUUAUCUGCCUUUUCCUUUCCGUCCUUUGCCCCACAUCCUACCCUCAACCCUCGUCUUCCAUUCCUUCCCACCGAUCUCCAUUGAAUCAAUGGUGCAGGACAGAAAGCCAGUCAAACUAAUUUCCUUCUCUCCUUGCACUUCUCCCCACCUGUCAUCUUUUAACUAGUCUUUCACAAAGGAUCCUCUGAAACGCCGUGCCCCAAGCACAGACCCCAUUACUUCUGCUUUUGCGUCUCCUCAAGCAAAAGUGGAGGGUGCCUUUUGGACCCUCCUCGUAGGUUGUCUCUUCAUACAUGAACCAAAUUUGCAAACUCAAAUUUGCUUUGGUGCCAGAAAAGCUGAGCUUUGUUUUAACAAAGGAUGCAAACUGUAUUGUAAACAGCAGUUUGUUUAUAAUUUGAGGGGCAAGGAGGAGGAUGCAUUUAAAAGCCUGAUGACUCUAGAGCCAAAUUAAGGGGAGUUUUCAGAUCAAAAAUUGGUUACCAUUUCCUGUCCGUGUCUGAUGCAGCCACUCACGGCUCCCAAGAAUUCCUGAGCUGGGUUAAUGGGGUCAUAUUGUGAAUGCCUCACUACUAAAUGACUUGAGUCCAGUGAAAUCUCAUUAGGGUUAAGAAUAUUUCAGGGAUCCUUAAUAUUUUGAUUUUUGUUCUCUAAAAUUGGAUUUUAUUUUAUUUUAUCUUAUAAUUUCAGUUCAUCUAAAUUUUGUGUUCUGUACAUGUGAUGUUUGACUGUACCAUUGACUGUUAUGGAAGUUCAGCGUUGUAUGUCUCUCUCUACACUGUGGUGCACUUAACUUGUGGAUUUUUUAUACUAAAAAUGUAGAAUAAAGACUAUUUUGAAGAUUUGAAUAAAGUGAUGAAGUUGCAUUACACCUCA